CGAUGAAAAAAAUGAAAGAAAACAGUUAUCAUCAGUUUCGACAGCGUUAUUUCUCGCUCUAGGCAUUGGCAUCAUUGAGGCGCUAGCUUUACUUUUGGGAGCUGGAUCAUUCCUCAGGUUAAUGGGUGUCUCAGCAGAUUCUCCUAUGCGAGUACAAGCAGAGAAGUUUCUGUCGCUUAGAGCUCUUGGUGCCCCCGCUGUUGUACUUUCUCUGGCUCUUCAGGGUGUGCUGAGGGGAUUUAAGGACACAAAAACCCCUGUAUUCUGUCUAGGUGUUGCCAAUCUUGCAGCUGUUUUUCUGUUCCCGCUUUUCAUAAAUUAUUUUCAGAUGGGUGUCACUGGAGCAGCCACUGCCACUGUUGUGUCUCAGUAUGCACUUUCUUCCUGAAGUCUGUUAGUCGGCUUUCUUUUAACUAUAUUGGU